AUGGGAAACUUCAAGAUAGCGUAUGUUGUUAUUGUGAAGAAUCAUGUGUAUAAGUUUACAAUAGCCUUGCGCCUUGCCUACAUUAUCUUCAGAACAGUUGUGUUGUUUCACCAAGAUGUUGUUAGGGUGUUAAAAGCGCCGCUUCAUCCACCGACGACAGCGGCAUCCCGUUUCCCAUCAAUUUUCCCCUUUCGAUUUUCCCGGCCACACCACCGCCGUCAUCGCCGCUUCAUCCACCGACGACAGCGGCAUCCUGUUUCCCAUCAAUUUUCCCCUUUCGAUUUUCCCGGCCACACCACCGCCGUCAUCGCCGCUUCAUCCACCGACGACAGCGGCAUCCCAUCUCAAGAUCUCGCAGUUCUCCUCGAAGUCGACGGGGUUCUUGUGGAUGCAUACCGUGGGAAUCGCAUAGCCUUCAAUAAAGCAUUUGAGAAACUUGGACUUGAUUGUGCGAGCUGGAGCGAACCUGUCUAUUCAGAUCUUUUAAGGUGUUUUUUUGGUUAUUUGUUGUUAUAUUAUUUUCUUGCCUGUGCAUAUGUUCUAAUGGAAAAGGUUGAUACAUUAUUGCUGUUAUCACAGCAAGACGAAAGACAUCUAUUGGAGAGAAAUGUGAAUUCAGCCCUUCAAAUAAAGACUGAAGAACUUAAAAGGAACUUGUUACAGUGUUACAAAGCAGCUUCAUUAGGGACAACUGUAGCUGAACUAAAAAUUGAGACAUUAGGGAGAACUGCAGCUGAACUACAAAUUGAGAAAACGACUGUAUUUGUCUUAGAAUAA